CAACAUUGUAAAUGUAAUUGUAAUUGUAAUUGCAAGUGAGAGAGAAGGCAAAAGCGGGAACAGAGAAAAACACAGUCUUUUGUUUCUCUUUGCAGUUCCUUCCUCCUUGCACUCACCCUUGCUUGCAGGGGUUGUUUCCCCCUUCUGCUUGAGAGAAAAAGAGAGAGAUAAUAGAUUUCAAUUUCAUCAUCUGUAUAUAAAUAGUGGACUUAGUUACUUAGCGUGUGAGAAAUGCAGCAGCACCUGAUGCAGAUGCAGCCCAUCAUGGCAGCCUACUACCCCAACAACGUCACCACUGAUCACAUUCAACAGUAUCUGGAUGAAAACAAGUCCCUGAUUCUGAAGAUUGUUGAAAGCCAGAAUUCUGGCAAGCUGAGCGAGUGUGCCGAGAACCAAUCCAGGCUGCAGAGAAAUCUGAUGUACCUUGCUGCAAUAGCUGAUUCCCAGCCCCAACCACCUCCUAUGCCUGGUCAGUAUCCUCCCAGUGGAAUUAUGCAGCAGGGAGCACACUACAUGCAGGCUCAACAAGCUCAGCAGAUGUCACAACAACAGCUAAUGGCUUCACGCUCCUCCCUCUUAUACUCUCAACAACCCUUCUCAGCUCUUCAACAGCAGCAGGGCUUGCACAGCCAACUUGGCAUGAGCUCCAGUGGAAGUCAAGGCUUUCAUAUGAUGCAAAAUGAAGCCACAACUGUAGGGGGCAAUGCAACCAUAGGUUCUGGAGGGUUUCCUGAUUUUGUACGCAUUGGUAACAUUGGCAAGCAAGAUAUUGGAAGCUCUGGUGAAGGCAGAGGAGGAAGCUCUAGUGGCCACUCUGGUGAUGGUGGUGAGACCCUUUAUCUGAAAUCUGCGGCUGAUGGAAACUAAGCUAGCCAGGGAGAAUACUGAAGUUUCCUUGGCCUUUAGUGGUUUAUUUAGUUAGGAGAAUUAGGCAGUGGACAUUAAGUAGAGGAAGAAGAAAGGGAAAAACUUGCUGCACUUGUUGCUUAUAUAUGUUGUUUGUUUAUCUUGUGCUAAAGGCAAACAAUCUAAUCACUGCCUUGAUGUUUCUGCAGUAGUACUAGUAGUAACAUGAUGCAUGCUUUAUUUUCUGGUGUAAAGCUUUAGUCAUAAAUGUCAAGGUCACAAUAUGACCACUUGUUAUCA